AUGUUCUGGAGCUUUUUCAACUAUGCUGGACUGGCAGGUGGCACGGUGGUGGCGUUAUAUGCUGGACUGCUGGGUCUCCUAACAACAAGCUGGUUCCAGGCACAUGUCGUCUACCUUCAUGCUGUGCAGAUGACAUGGGGUAAAGACCUCGACAUACCAGAGGUGUUCGGCUUCCUACACAACCAAGUCACACCCUUCAGAAUCAAGUCUGUGGGAGUCGAGUCUUUAUACACUUGGCACAUCUUACCAGUUGGCUUGUAUCGACAGCGUGAGAUCGACUUGCUGCACGAGGCAUCAGGCUUCGUGCCGGACAUAACUUCACGUCUUGGCUUCAAGUUGCUUCGUGACGAUCCAGAGGCCAGGCUGGUCAUUCAUUUCCAUGGAGCAGCUGGGACCGUCGGAUCGGGCUAUCGAGGUCCCAAUUAUCGAGCCCUGUCCGCUGGCCAACCUGACAAGAUGCAUGUCUUGACUUUCGACUACCGUGGCUUUGGACGAAGUAGUGGCUGGCCGACCGAGCAAGGUCUCAUAGCUGAUGCUACUGCAGUUGUGGAGUGGGCUUUGCACGUCGCCAAGGUACCACCAGAACGGAUCGUGAUCUACAGCCAAUCGAUGGGAACGGCAGUCAACGCAGCUAUAAUGGAACACUAUGCACAACAAUAUCCGCCUAUUGUGUUCAAAGGCCACAUACUCACGGCGCCCUUCGUCGACGUUCCCACUCUUGUCUCUACUUACAGCGUGGCUGGCACCGUCCCUAUUCUUGGGCCACUGAAGCGUUUUCCGAUACUAUUUGACUACCUGAAAUCGUUCAUCAAGGACAAUUGGUCGACAAAGAAUCGCGUGGCAUCAUACGUCCGCACGAACGAGCAGAACGGACAACCAUACAAGCUGACCCUACUCCAUGGCGAGGACGACUACGACAUACCUUGGACGCACACGCCCGUCAUCUUCUGGCAUGCUGUGAAUGCAACGCGCUCGGAAAAGGUCAGCUUUGAAGACUUCGAGAAGAUUAAAGAUGAGUCCAAGGUCGACCUUGGUUAUGCCGGGAGCCUUGUGGAGUGCAAGACCAAGACUGGUGUGAUCCGCGAAGAAAUACUGAAGUAUGGUUUACACGACGUGAUCAUGGGCAAUCCAGUGGUAACACUGGCGGUCAUGCGAAUGUUUGAAGAUGAAUGA